AACAUUGACCAUUCCAUUAGGGAGAGUAUUUGCAGUGAGAGUCUGCCUCAGAUUCACCCAGCAUCUAUUGAGACAGGAAAUGUAAUUGCUUAAUUGGAAUCACUAGGUACAUAUUAUUGCCAACCCUUGUUUGUGUAGUACAACAAAACUUGCUGUUCAGUGACUAUCGCUGCAUCUUACGGAGCGUGCAUAUCUUGGGAGUGUUUUCGGUAUUGAGGUUCCCCCUAUCGACAGGACAGGAUGGCACUUCUCGAUUACCCUAUUCCAGAGCUAGAUGUCACCUUACAAGAGGCAGGCCGUGUGCUCCAGCUCACCCUGAGCCCCGAGCUCUACCCUCAAUUCAAAAAUACCCUUAGCCAACAGAGGGAGGUCCUGCAGGAGGCCCAAAAGUGCUUGGCGGCUGCCGCCUCUGGCCGAGAGAACUGGGUGACAGAGCAAUUCAAGAGCCGGCUGCUUUCAUGUACCGACCCCCUGCCCACCUCGACAGCCAUCCCCGCUGUCUUGCCCCCCUCCAGAGCCAGGAAGGAGUGUGCCCAACUGGAGAGGGCUGCUGCUCUGCUCUGGGCUGUGGCCAAGAUGUAUAGUGAGCCUUCGCUGGUAGAGGGUGAGGGGCAAACUGAGCGCACACAGCAAUCAGAGGUGUUUGCUGCCAGCCGCAUUCCUGGGAAGACCCAAGAUGAGAUUAAAGUAUACCAAGACUGCCUCCAUGCCAUCGUAAUCUGUGCUAGAGGGGUAUUUUCAGUCAACAUACUGCAGCAUCCCAGUCCAGGCGGGCCUAUGUCCCCUCUACCGUUCCCUGACAUCUACAGCCAAGUGGUUCAUGUGAUGAGCCAACAUAGAGCUGCCAAGAACAACAAGCCCUCUGCCAUCUGCGGCCUCUCAGCCCUGCAGCGGCAAGCCUGGAGUGCUGUGAGGGAGGAGAUCCUGAGAGCAGGUGGGGCAGCGGCCGCCUCACUGGGGUUGAUGGAGAGUGCUGUGGUGGCUCUCUCCCUGGAAGACUGCAAUGCACCAGCUGAUCUGGCAGACACCCUUAAUGCUGUCAGACUGGGAGGAGGAGAUGGGCCCUGUCUGAGAUACUAUGACAAGGUGGUGAACCUGGUGGUAUUCAAAGACAGCACAGCAGGGAUGGUGUUUGAGCACAGUGCACUGGAUGGAAUGGUGGCUGGGUUAGUGGCUGAGACUGUGUGGUAUCUCUCUGAGUCGCUUACUGUAGACCUAGUCCAGGCCAACACAGGAAGCAAUGGGUCAGCCUGUCUUAACAAGGCUGAUUCCUCCUCCCCAAGCCCCCUAGCAUUCCCACUACAGGGUAUAACUAAAACAGACCCCAAAGUCCUCCCCUAA